AUGGCGGACAAGAACAACAACGAGUACACCUUCAUCCCGAUUCACCCGUUCAAGAUGGACGAGCCCAAGACCUGGUCGCAGACCAUCGGCCAGCUCAACUGGGACACUGACAAGAUCGUGUUCUCGAAGCGCUCGCUCCUUGAGUUCCUCAAGUCGUGCCAGUUGACUGUCAACACGAACUUGACCGAGAUCCAGAAGCUUGUGGAAUACGCGACGUUCGGGCGCAUGUCGCAGGCUGCGACGGACGAGGCUGUCAAGGACCUCAUUGAGGCCGAGAUCAACGACUUUGACGACUCCAAGGCAUCGUCCUCGGAAGCCGCCACCCGCCCCUCGCGCAAUGCCGUCGACACUCCCGGAGGCAAGCAGAGCUUCAAGAUCAACCCCGAGGAGUACGUGGAGGCGGACGCGGUUUCGCUCGCCCCCGCUCAGGACGGCGGCCCCGGCGUUGACGUCGACGUUGAGCGGAUGGAGCACCUCAAGGUGCACGUCGAGCCUGAGGCAGACGGCGGUGCGACCAUCGAGGACAUCCCCGAUGACCGCAAGAUCGAGGCGACCCGUAGCGAUCAGACGGCCGAGCCGGCAAACCCCGAGCGCCAGAGCAACCCCCCACCCAACUUCCGCCCGUCGCGCAAGGUCCGCGAGGGUCCCGGCGGCAAGUCGCAGAUGGGUGCUGCCAUGUUCGGUGGUGUUGAGGACGAGGAGGACGUCGACGCGCCCGUCAAGCGCUCGGACAAGAACGCGUCGAGUGGUCUGUGGUGA